AUGGCUGCCAAUUCCUUGGGCCAGGCAUGGCACUCCUUCUGGCAUACUAUGACCUCCAAAGACCGGCACGCUUCGCACGACUCGCCCUAUCGCACUGGCCAACACGUUCCCCUUAAUCAGAACCGACACGCUCCAUUGACAUCUAUUGCUACAAGUGCCACCGAAUCCCGACCUGAUCUUGCCUCUCCCUACGAUGAACAAUUUUCUCAGCCGCCAUCUGCCUCCUUAAAUGGCUGGCCUGGUACUCCAGGAUCUGCACAUUCUCCUUCUAGGCCAUACUCUCCGGGGAUGAGGUCGUUGAUCGGCAAAUCAGCCCUGGCACCCGAUCAAGAGGGGGUCAGUCCUGGUGAGAUCCAGAUGCAGAACUUUGCCGAUGGCGGCCCACCAGCUCCACCCGCUUCACAUUCGUGGAAGAAGAUAGACCGGUGGGUGGAGAAGAAUUACGAAGAGCUCUACGAUCAGCUAGGGGACGGAUGUACCCAGAAUGACAUCAACGAACUCGAGCAUGAGUUGGAUUGUUCUCUGCCCCAAGAUGUCCGCGACUCACUAUGUAUUCAUGAUGGCCAAGAGCGCGGUGGGAGACCUACCGGUAUCAUAUUUGGCUGCAUGCUCUUAGACUGCGAAGAAAUCGUUCAAGAAUGGAAGAACUGGAGAGUGGUCAAUGAGGAGUAUUUGAGUGGCCAGUCACAACCGCAAUCACACUAUCCCCUGAAAGGACCGAACGCUGCAUCUUCUUCUACCUCAAAUCUGUCACAGAAUGGCACCAGCAAGAUGUGGCGGCAGGAGCUACUGGAUCGACAAGACUCACAGCCACCCAAGGCCAUUCAAAAAGCCUACGCACACCCAAGCUGGAUUCCUCUUGCAAGAGAUUGGGGCGGAAACAACAUCGCGGUAGAUCUUGCACCUGGUCCAAUGGGAAAAUGGGGUCAAGUCAUUCUCUUUGGCCGCGACUACGAUUGCAAGUACGUGAUUUCUCGAUCUUGGGGCGUGUUCCUCUCUGUGGUCGCAGAUGAUAUGGAAAGCGACAAGGUUUUUGUGGACGAAGAAAGCGGUGAGCUGAAGCUACGAGAGUUCAAGGCACAGAAUGUCGAACCGGGAUACCUGGACAUUCUACGGUGGAGAGCAGAUCAAAGAUAUGGUCAGCGGAGGCCCAAAAAGAUGCCCUUGAAUCUUAACACCAAUCUCGGAAAGUCACCACGCGAGUCUCCUUACACCAGUCCGACAAUCGGCAAUGAUGAAGGUGGACGAGGUCGUUCUCCGCAUCGUUUCACAAGAGGUCCGAACGCUAGUCCACGGACACAGAUUGGUAGUCCGCUAGCUCGUCACCACGAGGAGGUGAUAGCACCGAUUCCGGUACGUGCUGGUGGUGACGUUGUCAAAGAUUUUGCCUCUGCUCCAGAAGUCAUCAAGGCUGUAAGAACGGAGAAACUGAUCGAUGCCCCUACCCCAACCGUAGGAGUGGAUGUGAACAAGCCUAACUUCCAACCCGAUACACCGAAGCCAGUGGUCGACCAAGACACAGAGAAGAAGCCAGCGGCUGGUCUAGGAGUUGAUGGAGCCGAUGAGCUGAAGAGUGUGCAGAUCUAA